AAGAUCACCAGCGAGGUACACCCCAUUAGAAAAUACUGUUGAAGUGAAGAGGAGAAAGAAAGAAAGAACAAUGAAAAGGAAUCAUGACAUAUUUUUACCACCACCAACAACAGUAUAUGGGCCAUUUUCUGAAGACCCAACUGAAGCGCCACCUGAGAAGCAAAUAAAUAGAAUUGGUGACUUUCUAAGUAUUGGUCUGCUAAAGGAGGAUGAUAACAGAAAGUACAAGAUGGAUGAGGAAAGGAUGCAUGGAAUUCCAAUGUUGCUGGACACGAUAAAAAUUGAGUCCAAGACAUGGCUAUACAAUCUUUACUUCAAAGAUCAGUGGAUGCAAGACACACAUAUGGUGUGGGAAUGCACUAUUUGGCAAUCAAAAGAGUUCAUUACAAACUCAAACAAAAAUAUAGCACAAAUGGGCCGUUUUUUAUUACAAUGCUGAGGACGCUACAUGAGGACAUAGGAAAGAACAAAGCAAUUGUUCAGAGUGCAGCAGAGAAUGAUCUUAUUAUGCAUGAUGUCUUGGGAACUACAUCAAAAUUUUCACUGCAAUGGACAGAUGCUGAAUUUUUGUACAUCCCAUUAAAUGUUAGUAAACAUUGGGUGUUGCUAGUUUUGGACAUCAAGAAGAGAAAGGUGAAAGUCUACAACUCCAGUUCCAGAAGGGGGAUUCAUUGAAAGAGAUCAGACCGUUCAUACCUUGCAAUAAGUUUUUGCUUCCCAAAAUCAUGGACUGCCUCAAAGUGUAUGAAAUUAAAGGGGAGGAGCCAAUGGGAGAGAGGCCACUAGAAAUUGAAGUUGAAGAGAACUGCCCACAACAACAUAAUGUGUAAUUAAAUAACAAGUUGUCAACAAAGCUAAUGGUUCGAUUGUGGAAUGUUUGUCCGAAAGAUUGCUGAAUUUCUGAUAAUGGAAGUGACUUUUGAGUGCAUCGAUCCAGAACUAAUGCCUAUUUAUAGGGGAAAAAUGGCAACAGAGUUGGUUUUAUACAGAGAAAGGAGAUUGGAAGAAGCAAAAGGAAUGCACCUGCCUAAAUGUAUCAAGGAUUGGAGUGAAGUGUUGAUGAUAAAUGAAGUUUUAAUGCCAAUCAUGUCUUGAACAAAUGGUUUUAAUAUGUAAUAAGUUUGUUUUGAUUUAAGAUAAGUUCCAAAAACAUCUGAAUUUGUGUGAACUUGGAUUGUGUGCUUUUGUUUUGCCAUGGAUACUGCUUGUAUGAUAUGACCGUGGUUUGUGGUUUUAAGUUUGUUUGGUAA